AUGCAAAUCACUUAUCCAGAGCUUAAACCCACGGCCUUAUUAAAAAUUCAUACAAAAAGCUCGAAUUCUAGCCUUUAUAAGUGCCAAACUUCCACAUAUUUAAUGGAAAUAGAGUCUUUGUUAAAAUUGGUUGAAUUAAUUAAUAGGAAUAAGCUUAAAUUUUUUUUUCUUGAUUAUAUUAACCUUUAUAAAAUAAAUGGUAAUUAUAAAGGCCUCAACUGUCCUCGCUGUACUUUUUAG